CCAAGGACCUCCUGUGUGUGUCACCUCCCCACCUCUCUGUAGCAAGAGAAGCGCCCGCAGCGCCUCCACAGUCAGGAUGACGAAACUGGUGUUAACUGAGUGGCACUUAUGGAUUUUUAACUCUAACUCACAGUGAGCCAGCAAGCCCUAUGUUUACAGUCCAACCAAAAUCCCUUCUGUUUUGCUGCACAUCUCCUGCGAUUGUGAGAAGUACAAAGAGGAAUACAAGUGUUAUUUGCCGAGGAGGGCACACGCACCUAAAGCAGAACAAGAAGACGUCUUAAUUUAUCAUUGAAGAGAGAUGAUAGUAUUAUUUAUAUAGAUAGAAUAAAUAUAUAUAUAUUUUUUGGUGGUAAUGAAAAUGGCUCCGCAGAAUGCCGACUCAGAAUCUAUGCAAGUUCAGGAGUUACCGGUGCCCCUGCCAGACCCGCAGAAACCUGGAGACACGGAGGUGGAGAACCGCGAUGAGACCAUCAGUGAGGGGUCCAUAGACAGAAUCCCCGUGCGCCUAUGGGUGAUGCACGGGGCGGUGAUGUUUGGCAGGGAGUUCUGUUACGCCAUGGAAACGGCGUUGGUCACACCUAUUCUGUUACAGAUUGGCCUCCCGGAGCAGUACUACAGCCUCACCUGGUUCCUGAGCCCCAUCCUCGGCCUCAUCUCCACCCCGCUCAUCGGAUCUGCCAGUGACCGCUGCACCCUGAGCUGGGGCCGGCGGCGGCCCUUCAUCCUCGCCCUCUGCGUGGGCGUGCUCUUCGGCGUGGCGCUCUUCCUCAACGGCUCGGCCAUAGGUCUGGCCCUGGGCGAUGUCCCCACCCAGCAGCCCAUCGGCAUCGUUCUCACCGUGCUGGGAGUGGUGGUGCUGGACUUCAGCGCCGAUGCCACCGAGGGGCCCAUCCGCGCCUACCUGCUGGACGUGGUGGACAGCGAGGAGCAGGACAUGGCCCUCAACAUCCACGCCUUCUCUGCAGGCCUCGGUGGGGCCAUCGGCUACGUGCUGGGUGGACUGGACUGGACACAGACCUUCCUGGGCAGCUGGUUCCGGACACAGAAUCAGGUGCUCUUCUUCUUCGCCGCCAUCAUCUUCACAGUGUCGGUGGCCCUGCACCUCUUCAGCAUCGAGGAGGAGCAGUACAUCCCGCAGCAGGACCGCGGCGCCGCCGAGGCCCCCGCCCUGCCCGGAGCCCGGCUGGGCGGCACUCUGACCCCUGCCGCCCGCCUCAACUCCCUGGGUGGGGGCCUGCAGGACGGCAGCCCCCCGUUCCCAGACGAGGUGCAGUCCGAGCAUGAGCUCUCCCUGGACUGCCUGGACGUGGACAUCGUGCGCAGCAAGAGCGACUCGGUGCUGCACAUGCCGGACCCCACGCUGGACAUGGAGCCCGAGCUGCCCUUCCUGCACGACAUCGAGCCCUCCAUCUUCCAUGACGCCUCCUACCCCAGCACCCCCCGCAGCACCAGCCAGGAGCUCCUGAGGGCCAAGCUGCCCCGCCUGUCCACGUUCCUCAGGGAGGCCAGGGAGGAGGACACGCUGCUGGACAGUCACUUGAAUGAAGCUAAAGUCCCCAACGGGAGCGGCGUUCCGCAGAGGCCGGCCCUCAGCAGCCACAGCCGGGUGGCCGCCAAGCCCUCAGCCACCUGUGGCUCCGUGAGGCGGCGCAGGCACACAUUCCGCCGGCAAGCUUCCAGCACCUUCUCCUACUACGGCAAGAUCGGCUCCCACUGCUACCGCUACCGGCGGGCCAACGCGGUGGUGCUCAUCAAGCCGUCCCGCAGCAUGAGCGACCUGUACGACCUGCAGCAGCGCCAGCGCCAGCGCUGCCGGCGCCGCCACCAGAGCGGGGCCACCACCUCCAGCGGGGACACGGAGAGCGAGGAGGGCGAGGGCGAGACCACCGUGCGCCUGCUGUGGCUGUCCAUGCUCAAGAUGCCCCGCGAGCUGACGCGCCUCUGCCUCUGCCACCUGCUCACCUGGUUCUCCGUCAUCGCCGAGGCCGUCUUCUACACCGACUUCAUGGGCCAGGUCAUCUUCGAGGGGGACCCCAAGGUGAGCACGCAGGGCCAGGGCGGCGGUGGCGGGGCCCCGCGGCAGAGGAGACUGGCAGCACCAGGGCCUUCGCAGCUGGAGCCUCUCUAG